AUGUCCGUGACGACCGAUGAUAUGCACACAGCCGAGCUUGCCGUUCUGAAAGACCUCUUCAGCGACAAGAUAUCUGCCCAGAAUGCAGCUGAAUCCUUGGCCUCAAUCCAGCUAUCAAGCACAGAUCUUGAAUCCAACGUAUCCUCUCUAUGGUCCUUCAUCAUCAAAUGCGCAUAUGAAUUCCCGGAUCACCAGCCUCAACUGGUCGAUUCGCUGGUACAGCUGUCCAAACUCCCAGACGCAAAGGCACCCAACGGAGACCCGAUUCGCCUGUAUGAUAUGUGCGUUUGGAAGGAUCUCCCGAUGCUAGGUUGGCAAUUUCGAGAGGAAUGGAAUCUAUCUAUACCGACUGAGCCCACUGAUCGACGAGUCUCGGCCAUCGCGCAGAUGAUCAACCGGGAUAAGUUGGCGGCGCUUUUGAUGGCGACCCAGGAACCGGUGUUUGACUACUCGUGGUUUGCACUGGUGACUUUACGGGAGGCGUUGGAGGACGGUGGAAGUCAGAAAGUAGGGCCCUUGAAUGGUCUGAUUCCCGCUGCUGCGAUCUGGAUUGAACUCCUUGGCGUGGAGAUGUAUGGGUGGGAUCAAAAUUUUGGCCGCAAGGGUAAAGGUGGAACACUGUGGGAAGGAAAAGAGGGCUUUUGCGUGGAACGCUGGCACCUUUGGCGGGAGAGAUUUGGAGAGAUGGCUGAAAUGGAGGGAUUAGAUGAUAGUGCGAGAAGGGCAGCAGGGGAGGCUGAGCAGAUGAUGCGGAAGAUUGAGAGUCAGUCUCAAAGUCAGUAUUAA